AUGGCUACUGAUACAACAGCUUCAAGUUACUGGUUGAAUUGGAGGGUCUUCCUCUGUGCAUUAAUCCUCUUAGCUCCGUUGGUGCUAGCAGCAAUUCUCAUUUGGAGAUACGAAGGCAAAAGAAGACGACGCGAGAGCCGGCGAGAAUCCUCCGAUACAUUGUUCCAAGAUGAAGCUUGGACCACAUGUAUUAAAAGAAUCAAACCUCUUUGGUUGCUUGCCUUUAGAGUAUUCUCAUUUGUUGCAAUGCUGACUCUACUCAUUUCCAAUGUUGUCCGCGAUGGACGCGGCAUAUUCUACUUUUAUACUCAGUGGACAUUUACACUUGUCACACUCUACUUUGCGUAUGGGUCGUUGUUAUCAGUUUAUGGAUGCUGCAUUUACAAUAAAGAAGCUGGUGGUAAUGUAGAGAGUUAUACAAGUAUAGGUGAUGCGGAACAAGGCACUUAUAGACCACCUAUCACUCCUGAUGAUGGAGCAGGAAAUGCGCCAAAAUCUCCCAGUACACAUUCAGAAGCGCCCAUCCGAGAAAGAGCAGGCUUUUGGGUUUACGUCUUUCAGGUCCUUUUCCAAACUUGUGCAGGUUCUGUUGUGCUAACAGAUGUUGUGUUUUGGGGGUUACUCUACCCGUUUACCAAAGGUUACAAGCUGAGUUUUCUAGAUGUUUGUAUGCAUUCUCUCAACGCUGUUUUUCUCCUCGGUGACACAUGUCUCAAUUCUUUGCAAUUCCCGCUGUUCCGGAUCUCUUACUUUAUACUCUGGAGCAGCAUUUUUGUGUCUUACCAAUGGAUAAUCCAUGCUGUCAAGAACUUAUGGUGGCCAUACCAAUUUCUUGAUCUCUCGUCACCGUACGCACCCUUAUGGUACUUGGGAGUGGCAGUGAUGCAUGUACCGUGCUUUGCCGUCUUUGCUUUGAUCAUAAAGCUGAAGACUUUCUUGCUACAGCGUCACAACUCUUUGGUUUGGAAAAUGGCGAGGAAGAAGAUCAGAGAGUACGACUCAAAGAGAUUGGUGAAGGAACAUUUCAAAAGGCUCUCUGGCAAUGAGCUUCCUAUCAGAUCCGUUCAGAUUAACGAAACAACUGAUCUGAAUGAGCUAGUUGAGAAAGAACCAUGGCUCUCGUCCGAGAAGCUGGUGGUGAAACCUGACAUGUUGUUUGGAAAGCGUGGCAAGAGUGGUUUGGUUGCCCUGAAACUAGAUUUUGCUGAAGUUGCCACUUUUGUGAAAGAGCGUUUGGGCAAUGAGGUAGAGAUGAGUGGUUGCAAAGGACCCAUAACAACAUUCAUAGUUGAACCAUUUGUCCCACACAAUGAAGAGUAUUAUCUCAAUGUUGUCUCGGAUCGCCUUGGCUGCACCAUCAGCUUUUCAGAGUGUGGUGGGAUUGAUAUCGAGGAGAACUGGGACAAGGUCAAGACAAUAUCUUUACCAACUGGUACUUCCUUGACAUCUGAAAUAUCUGCACCUCUUGUGGCAACUCUUCCCUUGGAGAUCAAAGCAGAAAUUGAAGAAUUUAUCAAAGUCAUUUUCACUCUCUUCCAAGAACUUGAUUUCACUUUCUUGGAGAUGAAUCCAUUCACACUAGUUGAUGGGAAGCCUUAUCCUCUGGAUAUGAGGGGUGAGCUUGAUGAUACUGCCACCUUCAAAAACUUUAAAAAAUGGGGGGAGAUUGAGUUUCCAUUGCCAUUCGGAAGAGUAAUGAGUCCCACGGAAAGCUUUAUCCACGGACUAGAUGAGAAGACAAGUGCGUCCUUGAAGUUUACCGUUCUUAAUCCCGAGGGACGGAUUUGGACAAUGGUAGCUGGAGGAGGAGCAAGUGUCAUCUAUGCAGAUACUGUUGGAGAUCUUGGGUAUGCAUCUGAACUUGGCAACUAUGCUGAAUACAGUGGAGCACCCAAAGAAGAUGAGGUUUUGCAGUAUGCCAGAGUCGUUAUCGAUUGUGCUACAGCAAACCCGGAUGGACAAACGAGAGCUCUUGUGAUCGGAGGUGGAAUUGCCAACUUCACUGACGUUGCUGCUACGUUCAAUGGCAUAAUCCGCGCUCUCAAAGAAAAGGAAACAAAGCUGAAAGCAGCAAGGAUGCAUAUAUUUGUGAGGAGAGGAGGACCAAAUUAUCAAAAGGGACUUGCUAAAAUGCGAGCCCUUGGAGAUGACAUCGGUGUCCCCAUUGAGGUCUAUGGCCCUGAAGCAACCAUGACAGGGAUCUGCAAGGAAGCUAUCCAGUACAUCACAGCCGCUGCAUAG